UUUAAAGAGAGAGCAGUUGGUUCACUGCAUGCGAAAAUAAAGACGCGAGCGCUUAGGUGUCUGAUCUGAGGCGAUGGCACAGUCUGCUUACACGGCCACCCAGUAAAUGGCGUCCUUCACAUCAAGUGACAAGUAAUUCUGCCUUGAACUGUUUUCGUUUGUGAAUCACACCGGGCUAAGAGGAAGGUUUUGGAGACAAGACAAGGUGAUCAAAGCGACAGAAGUGGAGUCUGAGAGAAUGGCAGAGAGCCCACACAUUUUCAAUUCUUCUCCCGGAGUCUGGCCAGAAAACUCUGAUCUGAGUCAAAUGAGAUCCGGACUGGUCCAUUUGGCGCUGGGCGCCGUCCUGGAGGGCAACGACUCGUUGCACUUAGAAACCAGUUUAGUCCAGUCGGGUGAAGGUGAAGAACAUCAGCAGGCAGGGGACGCUGGCCCGAUGGAUGCUGAUACGGUGCCACAGGCUUUCGCUUUGAGCCCGUCAGGGAGUCAGUCGUCCGGUGAGCCCAGUCAGCAGGCGUUUGGAUCAUAUCAGCAGGGUCAGGGUUCGGUCCCGCAGAGCAACAGCUUGAUCCAACAGGCGUUCGAUGCCAUCCAUCCUGACAUGGACUAUGUUUCAGUACAGCCAGCGACGACCAGCUCCUUGCCACAGACCUACUGUGGGACCAUCUCACUUGCGAACAGUUCCGUGCAGCCGGCGUUUGAAUCGAUGCAUCAAGAUGGCGCCUCUGUUCAUGGAAGUGGUCCAGUCCAGCAGAAUUUGUCUCCAAACAUACAGAGGGGUUCCAACACUGACAGGCAGACGCUCACAAGCUCCGGGCCACAGGGUUUUGACUCAAUCCAGGCAGCAAAUGGGUCAGCCAGGCAGAUUUAUGACUCCAUCCAGCUAGAAAACGGAUCAGGACCUGCGUCGGCUCAGCAAGGGUUUGGAGCGAUGCAGCCGGCGGAUAGUUUAGUCCAGCCGGGUUAUGGCUCGAUACAGAAGGCCAACGUGUCAGUGCAGUUGAGUUACAGCACAGUCCAACCUGCCGGCACAGUAGUCCAGCCAGGUUUUUGCCCAGUUCAACAAGGUGGAAGUUCAGUACAGUUAAGUUAUCGAGCAGUAAAACCAGCUGGGCAACCCACCGCCAGCACAGUCCAGCAAGGCUACAGCGUUGUCCAGCCAUCCCAUGGCUCAGUGCAACACAGCUACAGCAUGGUCCAACCCUCCGCCGGCUGUAUUCAGCCAGGUUACGGCUUAAUCCAGCCAAGCUCCGCCUCCGUCCACCAGGGUUACAGCUCGAUUAAACUGGGUAACAACGCAGUACAACAGGGAUACGGUCUGGUGCAGUCCACUAACGGCUCAGUCCACCCGGGGUACGGCUCUUUCCAGCUGGGUGCUAGUUCGGUCCAGCAGGGUUACGGCCUAGUGCAGUCAGCGAAUGGCUCGGUCCCGCAGGGCUACGGAGUCCUGCAGUCUGGUCCUGUCAAGCAGGGCUACGGCCAGUUACCGCCCGCUUCAGGCUUGGUCCAACCAGAGUUUGGCUCCCUCCACCCGGCUAACGGUUCCAUUCAGUCCAACUAUGGCACUCUGAGGCCCAACAGCAGCUCAGUCCAGCAAGGUUAUGACCUCGUCCAGAACGAUAAUGGUUCGCUGCAGCUGCGCUACGACACGCUCCUGAGCUACAACUCCCCCCAGCCCAGUUUUCCGAACCACCCCGCUUCCUCCAUGUACUACACUCUACCACUGGGGCACCAGAACACUGUUGGUCGUCAAGUCAUCAACGGAAGUGUGGUCCCGAUGCAAGAGCUGAACAACAAUGCAGUGAUGAUCUCGUCGGAUGGCCUCGUGCACGGACCGGAGGAAGUACAGCAAAUGAUGUACGGGGUCCUGAAAUAUUCGACUGACUCUCCAGCUCCCCCUUCAAAAACCUCCAGGCCCAGGAAGUGUCCUGCGGUGGAGCGACCAUACAUUAAGAAACCCCAAAAUGCCUUCAUGCUUUUCAUGAAAGAGCAGCGGCCGCUCGUCAUGGAGGAGCACAAGAUCCGGAACAGUGCCAAUGUCAAUGCCAUCCUGGGUCAGAAGUGGAAGUCUUUAUCCAAACAAGAACAAGCUCAGUAUUUUGAACAAGCCAACUCGGUCAGACGUCACCACGAGCAGGAACAUCCGGAGUGGUCCUACAGAGACAACUACGGUCAGAAGAGGAAGCGUGAUCGCAGAAAGAAAAUCGACCUGGACAACAACUCUGCAGCUCCAGCGCCAAAACCCAAAGAAGACCAGACGGUGAAGGAGAACACCAAUGCUCCUGUGCACUCCAUCCGAACUGAUAUACUGGCAGAGCAAUAUCAGAAGUACUCAGCGAGUGUGAAACAAGAGCCGGCAACACCCACGGUGGCUGAGGUGCAUUACCUGUCUCUGUCAGAAGAAAAAAUGCUGCUGGACAUGUUGGAGAACUUUGAAUCCAACACUGACAAGUCGGUGGCGGACAGCAGCGACCCCGCUGCGUGUGCUUUAGCAACGAUAACAAAAGUUGAAGAAGAUCCAGUGAAAAGGCAGUGCUCCACUGAAUCAGAGGCUGAUGACCCCAUCAAGUUCUCGGAAGACGAACUCCUGCUGCAGAUGUUGGAGGACCCCUACUGGGCCUACAAGAAGAGCUCGUCGUCGACACAGCAGCCCAAUGAAGACACAAGUCAUAAAGACGAAGCUGAGAAGGAACCAAGCGCGUCGGCAGGGGAGGUUGAAUCAUCGUCGGCGUCGGUUGGAGGCGCAGAGGGAGAGUCUGCCCACAACAUAGAGACAAAAUCAUGAUUUCAAAGAUGACGACACAAUGGGAUGGGAAUCAUGUUGCUGCUUCCACACAAACGUUGAAGUCUGUGAAGGAGGAGAACUCCGUCUCUGACAUCAGCAGAAGCCACUUUAAUUCAAUAAACAACCUCUUGCUAGCAGUUCUAAUUUAAUGAUAAACGAUUGCCUGUAUAUUCUAGUGCCACGCACUAUUGUGGUCUGAGUGAAAACCAGCCUUACAAUGCCGGGCGGAGGCUUACGCAAUGGCUGUGAGUGAUGGU